UACACCACUGCUGAUGCUGGUCUAUGUUCUCCUCAGAACAAGCGAUGGCUGCGGGUGCACCUCCCCUGCUGUCUGGUAGGGUGUCUCGUGAUCUCAGACAGCGCGUCGAGGCCCUCCCUGCCCAGGAACAGUACAUCAGGGGGCUGCAGAUGUUCGCAGAGUUCUUCAGUCCUCCUAACGGAACCAAGAACCUGUGGGACCUGGUGUCAGUGAUUCGAGGGGAGGAGGAGGGGCUGAACCCACAGGUGUACAGGAAGGGCAUCAUGCACAUGAAGCACCUCACCAGUUACAAGGCGUCGGAGGCCCAGGAGCUGGAGGUGGUGCGCAUGUCAAAGUUCGGCGCCGGGGUCGGAGCCCAGAGCAGGGAGGACCGGCUACGGCAGGCGGCGCUCAUCCACGUGAAGCUGGGCAACCUGCAGAGGUACUGCGAGCUCAUGGUGGAGGUGGGAGAGUGGGAGAAGGCCCUGGCUGUAGCUCCUGGUGUUUCCAUGGAAUACUGGAAGUCCCUGGCAAGAAGAUGGGCCAAACAGCAGGUCCUUGAGGAUAACCGGGAGGCGGCUCCGUUCUGCGUUGCCGUGGGAGACGUCCAGGGCGUGGUGGACUUCUACACCUCCCGGGGGGAGCUCCAGGAUGCCAUGCUGGUCGCACAGGCCGCCCAGGAGGGGGGGAUAAAGGUUGGGCAGGCGACGGAGUACAAUAACGCCGCGUACAACGGUGUGGCGGAGGAUGGCGAGGACAGCUGGCCGCUCCUACACAAGACCAGCAGACGUUUGGCAGACUGGUACUUCCAGGACGGGCAGCCAAUGAAGGCAGCCUGCUGUCAUCUGGCUGUGGAAGACUACAGACUUGCCAUGUCCAAGUUGAUCCGUGGGAAUGAGCUGGAACUGGCCAUCAGUCUUGGCACAACUAUAGGCAAAACCCCUCGUCUUACCUACCUGGCCACAGAGCUACUGGCACAACGCUGCACACGCAUCAACAGAUGGGACUUGGCUGUGGAGAUGUUGCAACGUUUGCCCAACAGUGAGGCAGCACUAGCCAGGUUCUGUAUCAGCUGUUCUGGGGGAUCGGCAGAAAUAAAUGAUCUCCAUGCAAAGGCUGGGUUCCCCGACAUGGAGGAGUGUUACAGCAAGGCCCAGGCUCUACAGGAGGAGGGGGGGCAGGAGAUGGAUUCUGUCAAGUACUACCUCCUCUCAACAUGUCCUGAGCAGGGCUUAGAGCUGGGUCUGAAAGUCGUCAAGGAGAGGAUGACCACAGCUGGUUGGACAGUGCAGGAUGUAGCAGAACUGGUGCAGUACAUGGGCUGUACCAGGACAGACAAGCUGGAUAGUCCAAAGUGUACCAGCCUUCGCAGUGAGCUGCUUACCAUCAGUGCCUAUGUCGGAGCUCUUCUAGCAGUGAGACGAGGGUACAGCGCCAUUGUUCCCGCGCUCUUCCAGCAAACAAGUAUGUUAGUGGACAAGGAAAACUCUAACUGGCCAUUCAGCAAGGACCAAGUGGAAGAGGAGUUGACAGCAUGGAAGGCUGAGCAAGUAUUAUCUAAUGAAAGAGAGUUAAAGAAGGAUUCCUCAGAGACGAGCGAGGUUGGUUUGAGGGAAGGUUACCAGAAGGCUCUACAGAGGCUGCUGAGGAAGGCUGGACAGGAGGAGCUGGACAUUGAACCUGGGGCUGACCACUGCACGGGCUCCCAUCUCCCCAGCCACUCUGAUGUACAUGUGUCCUUCCUAUCCAAGACUAGAAUACAGAUAUUCCAAACUUUUCUUCACUUCAACACUCUAAGCUAA